AUGGAUUCGGCAGUAGUUUCUACGAAAUCGCAUGUAUUGCAAUGGGAUGCUGAUGCAGUUGUUGCUUGGCUUCAUGAAUCAAAUUUUGGCGCAUUUGAAAAAGUUUUUCGAGACAAUGAAAUUGAUGGUCCAACACUUCUUAAACUUAGUGAAUCAAUGGUUGUUCGUCUUUUUCCAACAAUUAAACUUGAAGUACAAUUUCUUGAUUUAUUACAAACACUUAAACAACGACAUUCUGUUGAAAUAAAUUCAAAAAAAACACUUCCUUCAUCAUCAUCAACAACAACAACAACAACAACAACAAUAAAUGGACAUAAUAAUAUUAAUCGACAUUCAGCAGCACAUCAAAUAGCUGCUCAUGUUAUUGCUUCAUCAUCAUCAUUUGAUAAUGGUAUUGAACAAUCAUCUAAUUCAAAUUCACCAAUACCAACAGCUACAAAUGGUCAUCAUCAUCAUCAUCAUCAUCCUCAUUCUCGAACAUCAUAUUCUGAACGUUCACAAAUUCCACAAAGACUUACACCAAAAGGUCCACCAUUAAAAACACUUAAACGUGAACCAAAAUAUUUUUCAAGUCCAGCUAUGAAUAUUCAACAAAAUGGAGAUACAAAUGAAAAUGAUACAAAACAUACAUUUCCUCAUGUAUAUAAAUUACCACAAUUUCCAGAUACACUCCGUUUAGCACUUGCAUCACAAGAUGCAAGUGCAUUUAAACUCCGUACAUAUUAUCGAAAUCUUUUAAUAUCAUCUAUUUACGAUGAUCUUACUCGUACAUAUAAUCUUUGGUAUCCAAAUGCUCGACAAUAUAAAACUGUAGCUUCAGCACUUGUUAAAGCUUAUCCAUUUCUUGAAUCAUCAACAGAUGGUGGUGAAGGUGCAUGGAUUGAUGGUAUAAAAGGUAAAUUUAAACGUGGACGUCGUACAGCUACAUCUUAUGUUGAUGUAACACAAUCAAUGAGUGGUGAAAAUGGUUAUGAUCGUAUGUCCGGUGAUGAAGAAUUAGGUGAAGAAAAAUUAGCACAAACAUCUAAUGGACAAAAACGUUCACGACAUGAAUUUGAAGUUGAUUCUGAUGAUGGACAAUAUGAAUCAGGUGAAAUGCCAACAAAUGGAAAAGAUAAUGAUCAAACAAGUGAUAAUAAUGAUGAAAUUGAUGAAGAUGAAGCAAAUCGUUUACGUGGUUGUAUAACAGCUAUGCAAGAAACAUUAGCAGCUACAGAUGAUCCUGAUAUAUCACUUAUAUCAGAUUAUUUUAAAGAAACAUUUGAAAUACGACGAAAUUUUGUUAAAACACAUAAUACAACUGAAAUUCUUACCGAAUAUCCAGCAUUACAAUUACAUUCAUGUUUACUUGCUGAUUUUCAUAUGCAAACAAACAUUCCUAUUCAAACUGUUUUAAUACAUAAACUUCGUUCAAUAUCAAAACCAAUUAUACGUCUUGCUAAAGAAACUGGUUGUGCACCUGAUAUACUUCUUUCUUAUCAUACUAUUCUAUCUCAACGACCACAAUUAGAACAAAUAUUAGCUGAUACAUUCGCUAUUUUAAUUGUUGCAUGUUAUUUUGGUGAAUAUCAAUUUUUACUUGUUGCACCAGAUAAAGAUACACAAUCUCCAUGGCCAAUUAUUCGUGGUGAACAUCCAGCAACAAUAUUUUUUGAUGGAAAAUCAUCAUCAUCAUCAUCAGUUGCAUAUAAUAUUGAAUUAGAUUAUGUCCAAUUAUUUCAUCGACCAUUAACAGAUUUUUUAACAGCAAUAUGUACAUUAUUUGCAACAUAUACAGUUUUUGAAAUAACAUAUGGUAAACUUGAAAUGACAUUAUCAUUUAUUGAUUGUUUACUUCGUGAUAAUGUACAUUCAUCAACACGUUCACCACCAGUACUUGAAUUAAUAAACGAACUCAACAGUAUGAAAAAUAUGUAA